AUGGUCAGUUUACAAUACUUCAAGUUACCAGAGCUCAAUAUUAACACCAGGUUAGUACUCUAUAGAAACAAAGGGGAUCUAAAAUCCACAUUUGUGAAAAGCACGCAAGAUGUAUUGCAAAGAGUGGCAGAAGUGGCAGAAGUGGCAUUCGAUCUCAAUAAAUACUUCCCAGUGCCUGAGCAUGAAGCGAUGAGUGGGAUUUCGAGGGUGUCAGGUUACUUGAACUUACUCUAUCACCAGUGUAUCAUGCUUGCAACCCGUGCAUUCCUAUUCAUGCUCAUCGAGAUCCGAGCCAAAUCAACAGAUCCAAAGAAGCCUCAACCCUUCCAAAUGGAAGUCCCCACGCCGAUCAAUCUGCUUCUGCAGAUUUGCAUCGAGUCAGCGACAAAGACUUCACAUAUCUUGGAAUCUCUUCAACAACAGAACCUUAUAGAAUGCUUCUUGCCUUUUGACUUGGAAAGCACCGUCUCAGCAAGCUUAGUCCUUACCGUGGCCUCAUUACUUAAUCCGCCAUUGAUUGCAAACCGCAGAUUGCAUCUCGAGGCACUAUCACGGGUUCUAGAUCAAAUGGUUGACCGGAAAAAUCUUGUGGCAGCAGACAAGAAAGAGAAGAUCGAUCAGCUGGGUGUGCUGUGUGCCAACUUGAAGAUGACUCCUCACUCACUCGUCAAGAGCUCAAUUUCCUCGCAAAUUCCGCCAAAUAAAAUGCUGGAAGAUGGCUUGAUCCCAGACACAGCGGGUGGGGAGUUGGACUUGCGUCCAUUACAACAAGCCGAACAAUUGGAAGAGUCGAGGGAAGCUUGGGAGGAAGGAAUAUAUGAGCCAUACAAGUGGAACAGUGAUAUUUCCCCGUCUCACCUAUUGGAAGCUGCGGAUUUGUUAGACGGCGGAAAUUUAAUGGAUUGGGUUGAUCUGCCCAACAGUAGUUUCUUUUUCGGCAAUGUUGAUUAG